CUGGCGGGCACUAUGGGGAAAAAAACAAAACCAGAAAAAAGUGGAGGCGGUGCUAGAGAAGAGGAGGAAGAGUAUGUGGUGGAGAAAGUCCUAGACCGCCGAGUGGCGAGGGGCAAAGUGGAACACCUGCUAAAGUGGAGGGCAAAGAGGAAGAAAGCAGAGUCAGAAAAGCCGCGAGGCUUUGCCCGGGGUUUGGAACCAGGGCGGAGUAUUGGAGCUGCGGACUCCAGUGGAGAGCUCAUGUUCCUGAUGAAAUGGGAGAACUCUGAUGAGGCUGACCUGCUUCCUGCCGAGGAAGCCAAUGUCAAGUGCCCGCAGGUUGUCAUAUCCUUCUAUGAGGAAAGGCUGAUGUGGCAUUCUUACCCCUCAGAGGAAGAUGACCAAGAUGGUAAGAAUUCACUUUCUUGA